CCCCCGACGAUAUCAGUACGAUUCGUCUCCGUCCAAUCCGCUGUAUCCCCCGCUGAUGGAGCAAAGUUCAGACUGUACCAAGAGCCGAUGCGUGACUAAAUAAUGAUUUAACGAAGUGUGUUCAGUCUUCGCGGCAUUCUGCGUCGAGCCAGAGGACAAUAUAGUGACUAAAAAGGACAAAGAAGAAAGUAAAGAAGGAAGAAGAGAAAGAGGAAAGCAAGGUUGAGAGAAAGGGGGUAGAAAGGAGCAGAAUGGGAGGAACCUGAGGAAGGAAGAAAACGCGGUAGCAAAAAAGGGAACUAAGGAGGAAAGGAAAGAAGGCUAAGAGGGAAAAUAAAAAUGUGGAUUAAUCGAACAAGAAUAUUUUUUAAAACACAGUCGAAUUCGAGUUUGUAGAAUUACUGACGAUUUUAUUAGCGGUCCAUGCAUUCGAUAGCUACCGAUAGCGAGAUAAAAAGAAGAGAAAGGAGAUCGAUGUGCGACUUAAUGGAAAAUCAGUGGGUAUUCCUGGAUCGAUGAGAUUCUUCGAAACAAUGUUAAAGGGGUAAACGAAUGAAAGAAAAAUAUCUGUAGGAAAACACGUGUGAGUGGGAUAUUCAUACCCGAUGCAAAAUAUCGACACGAUGCGUCUAAUUCAACAGCUUGUAUUACUUUCUAUUCUCUUGUUGGAUAAUCAGGUGGAAGUCACCUGGCCCAAGGCCGCAAAUCCCUUGCCUUACCUUCGGUGGGCAUCUAAUUUACGAUCAGCCAGUUCGACCUCACCGAGUUCUUCUUCCUCUUCCUCGUUUUCUUUAUCGACUUCUUUCGAGGAAGAGAAUUGCGCUGAAUGUACACAAAAUAAGGUUGGCAUACUAACCGUUACCGAUCCGAUUUUAACAGAGCUAAGAGUCGAGUAUGUCAAACAACAAAUACUGAAGAAGUUGAGACUUUCCAAGCCACCCGAGAUAUCGAUGCCGCUGUCGACCUUGCCGAAGCCUCUGAUAAAUGGUCGUGUACUCGAACUUCAACCCGGAGCACCACUCGAACCGGAAAAAUCAGCUGACAGUUUUUAUGGAAAAACAGACCAAAUUGUUGUUUUUCCGAACGAAGGUAUUGCCGAUUCGAAAAAGUGCCAACAGAAAUCGAACCAUCUGACGGGCUUUAAUCCGGCAGCCUGUUUCACGUUUUAUCUACCGAACGAAAUGCAAUUCGUGGAUGUGACCUCGGCGCAACUUUGGUUUUACAAGGAAUACGACGAAAAUGACUACCUAAAUCAAACUUUCGUACUCUCUGAGCUCGAUCAUUGGGAUUUGAGCGGGAACUUCGAGAAAAACACGAUUAUGGCUAUCUUUGAAACCGAUAUCGGAGAGGGAUGGGUGAAGACCGACGUAACGUUCACGCUGAAGAAAUGGGUGGAAGAACUUCGAUUGAAUCACGCGAUACAGGUAGCUUGUAGCACCUGUUCGAUAGAUCGGGACACAGCGCCUGUAUCCGUUGAACAGACAUUAAAACCGUUCCUUGUGAUACACACGUCGCCGUUACCGCAGAAAAACAGACCGAAGAGGAACUCAAAUUGUCUGCCGGAAAUGAAGGAGUGCUGCAGGGACGAGCUGUAUAUUAAUUUCAAAGACAUCGGUUGGAGCGAUUGGAUUCUUCAUCCGAGCGGAUAUCACGCGUAUUUCUGUCGUGGAUCGUGUUCUUCCGCAGCUUCGUUGACCAUCAGUGGAUCUCCCUACAAUAACGUGAUCAGAAGGUUAUUGGCCAAGAAUGGUAGCACAACGCGUCGUAAAAACGAGAUCAUUCCAUGUUGUUCACCUACGCAAUUGUCGCCGAUUCAACUGCUCUACGUUGAUUCGAACAAUACGAUCACGCAAAAAACACUGCCAAAUAUGGUAGUGGAAGCCUGCGGUUGUAUGUGAUUUACGAAAGUCGCUGAAAUUCUCCCACAAAUCCCCCGAAAAUACCCUACGUCGGCUAGAUCGAUUCGAAUUCGAGGUCCUAUCGCACCUGAUUCAAUCGUUUCCAAAGCGACGAGAGUUUGAUCCCCUUCGUUACCUGAAACAAGUUCCUUUUGAAUAAAUUUGCACAUGCAACCUCUUCGUAUCCUGAAUUUCAAAGG